AUGUUUCUCGUCUUAGGGACAUUUGCUCAACAUCACAUGAUGUGGCCGCCAAGACCUGGUGACGAAAAGUAUAAAGAGGGAUGCGGAAAAGAAAAAGAGGGCCAUGACCUUCAAUCUCAAACCCUAAAAACAAAAUGGGGAAAUAGCAGGUGGCGCAACUAUCCAAAGGCAUGGGAAAAUAAACGAGACGAGACCGAGUAUCCGCCAAGGCCUGGUGAUGCAGGAGUCGACGAAGACAUGGGCUCGACUGCAUCCAGUCUUUCCGAUGCCAUAUAUAAUGAAAUACAAACCCAUAAGCAUCACGGAAAUCGAAUUGCACCUGGCAAAAGAUCUUUAGCCCGAAGGAAGCUUAAUCGAUCAGAUUAG